AUAAACUUAUUAAAUAGAAAUGUAAUGAAUGGUUCUCGAAAAUGUCUCAGGGUAAAUUGCUGGCAGAAAUUGCAGCUGCGAACAAAGCAGGACUUGUGAACAAAGGAUAUUGCGCGGACAAAUAUGCUCGUUAUUUCGUGCCGAAGGUUGUGCAUUAUAGCCCUGUUGUCCACAAAGAACAUUUCACGAAAUCAAGAUGCAUCGAGACAUUGGUGAUGGAUUUGCUAAUGAAGGCGAAGAAGAUGGCGGAUCCUGUGAAACAGAUCAUCUGUCUAGGGUGUGGAUACAGCACCUUCUUCAUGCGACUGAAGGAGGACGGCUUCAUUCACAUCCACAAGGGAGUUGACAAGUACAUCGAAGUGGAGUUGAAGGAUAUUCUGGUGGACAAGAAACGAAUAAUGGAGAGAAAUAAACUCAUCAAGAAAAAAGACAAAGACAUCUACCAAAUGAUAGCUGCCGACUUCAAAGCAGUCCGUAGCAACCUGUUCAAAGAGCUCAUCAACCAUGCGCCGACUGAAAGGCCGACGAUCAUUAUAGCCGACUGCUCUUUAAUAUUCACGCCUUCACGACACAGCGAUAAAAUCUUGAAACAUAUUGCCGAUCUAUACACUAGCUGCUAUUGUGUUAUGGUCGAACCUUUCAAUAUGUACGAUGUUUUCGGACAUUUUGUGAUGAAGUACUUUCGCGACUAUCAUUUGCCGUUAGAAUCGCCAAUGCGUUACAGUUCUUUGAAUCAAAUUAAAGCCAGGAUUCAACCGCUUUUCGAGAAGGUAAUUACUGUAGAACUUAAACAUGCUGCACGUCAGUGUAUAAGUAAGAAGCUUUAUCACAAGCUGCAGAAAUAUGACUUGUUUAACGAAUACGAAGAAUUGUUCCAUCUCAAUUCACACAUAGCUCUCUCGUUGACGUCUAAAGGUCUGGACAUUCCGGACUUGAUCACUGGAAUAGGUGGGAAUAUGUGCCAGUGUUGCUCGUCGCUGGGAGAUGUGGAGUUUUCCUCAUUUAUCAGCAAGAUUCCUGUGUCAUUCGAAGUUAGAAUGGACUACUGUCUGUUUAGACACUCUUCCAUGUUCAGUGCCAAUAAACUGUAUAUUGCUGGUGGUUUCGGGAAAACAUCUGACAAGAAAGUGGAGCAAAAGAUGGGUGGAUUGCGUUUACUUUUAACUUACGAAGUCAAGGAGAAAUCUAUGAAGAAAGUGGGCCAACUGAAAAACGCAUCCAUUCAGCGACUUAACUCAACUAUGGAUCUCUGUGGGAAAACUAUUGUGAUAUUUGGCGGCAAAGAAGGUUCUAGAAUACUGAAUGACCUCAUAACGAUAAACACGGAAACAUCAGCUAUCAGUUUGCAUCAGUCUAAAAUAUGGAAAAUAUUCCCGCAGUCAAGAUACAGACAUGCAAGUGGGGUUUAUUCACGCCCAAUUGCGCAUGGAGAUGCUAACGAGCCUUUAGUUUAUAUAGACGGUGGGAGGAAUUUUACAAAGUGUUUCAGUGAUAGCUUUUGUUACAACCCUGAAAAGGACAGAUGGACCAAAGUGAGAAUGCAUGGCGAUACUUUGCCAUCUCGCCAUUCUCAUUCAUUGUGUUCCAAAAACGAAUACUCCUUCUACUUAACAGGAGAGUGCUGAUUGAUGAGCAUUGAAAUUUACGACCUUCAUAUUUUUUUUUCAAAUUGCUACAGUGCUGAUUUAAAUUAUCCGGACAAAACGAACCUAACUUCAAUUUUCAAACGCGUUUUUCUCAAUUUGGGUUA